GGGGAGAAAGAGAAGAGACACAGGAUACGUCGUCGUAGUCGUAGUCGUACUCGUCAGUCAGAACACGAUUUAUCCUCCGUAACAGUAGGAAAGAGAAAACAUCUCAAGUUCUAUCCACCCUGCGGUGUAACACGAGUGAGGUCCUGUCCUUCUUUACCCUGUUUUUGUUACGCGGUUUUAUUACAAGCUCCUAGCUGUUCAGAGAGAGAGUAUCGAUCGCUCAUCAUCAUGCCGGUUGAGGAUUUUCUCGGAAAAAAAUACAAGCUAUCCAACAGCGAGAAUUUCGAUGAUUUUAUGAAAGCUCUUGGUGUUAGUUUAGUAACCAGAAAAAUGGGUGCCAGUGUGAAUCCAGUCGUGGAACUUACUGAAAGUGACGGAACAUAUACUUUGAAAACUACCAGCCCUUUCAAAAGUUCCGAAAUUAAGUUCAAACUUGGUGAGGAAUUUGAAGAGGAGACACCUGAUGGUAGGAAAGUAAAAAGUGUUUGCACUUUGGAAGGCAACAAGCUCUUGCACAUACAAAAAGGAGAAAAGGAAACCACAAUCGAAAGAGAAUUCUCGGCAACAGAAAUGAAAGCGGUAAUGAAGGUUGAUGAUAUAGUCUGUACUAGAGUGUACACCGUUCAGAAUUAAUAUUCUUACGGAAUGUCUAAGAAAACUUGGCUGCCCGAUUCAUACUCUAAACAUACCAAGAAUUUUGCUCAUAAAAAAAAGCUUCAAAUAUAUAUAUAUAUAUAGGAGAU